GAAAUUGUCCUGCAGCCUCCUUCUAUCUGUUGCAACAGUGACUGGUGCAGUAUGGCGUCUGCCCUGCUCGCCCUCCUAGGAACCUUCGUGAUGAUGGUGGGAACAGAAGCCGGUAUCCUAGAGUUUGGACAGAUGGUGGAAUACUUGACCGAUAGGCCUCCUCUGCAGUCCUACGCCUUCUACGGAUGCUAUUGUGGGCUCGGAGGGUGGGGUUGGCCAGUAGACGAGAUUGACCGAUCCCAGAUCAGAUGUCCAAGCUCAACCAGCCUCACAUCAGACCCUCAGGACGCGGUGCAGAGCAGUGCCCGGAAGAAGAACAGGGAGGGCAGCGUUCACCUCCAGCAUAGUGGAAGCGGUCAUUAGCAUUCAGACUGU